AUGCCGCCGCCUUCUCCGACCUCUGGGCCUGCGCCCUCUGCUUUCUCCAUGCCUGCGCCGCGCCACACCCCGUCCGCCUCGCCUUAUGUUGGCUCGAGAGAACUGCCAGGCUUCAGCUCGCGACCCGGCACGACCAUGUCCAUCUCCUCCCUGAUUGGCGGUGACCAGUCUCGACAUGGCAACCACUCUCCAAAGACUGUCGCAACUGCGCCAUCGCCGCCGAUGAAGCCUAUACACACCUCGUCUCCGCAAAGAGCCCGUUCCGCCAGCACAAGAGCUCCAGCUGGCCACUACCCGCGACCACACAGCCCUUCCAUGAUGCAGCCUCAGAGACCUCAAGAGUCAAAGUCUCAGCCAUUCAACCAGUCCGGCAUACAUCAACCUCCUCACAUGCUACAACACAGUGCCGCUCCAGGCUUCCGUCCUUUCCCGUCAUCUCCCUCGUCGGCCCAGCACGAGGACCAUCACCAACAUCCCGGCCAUGCGCCGUCACGUCCGAACAGCCAGCCCAUGCAUGCUCACCUGGACCAGGAGCUACGAAACAGACAAGACAUGCACGAUCGCCCUCCGCCGCGCCAUUCUUCCGCAUUUCCACCAUAUGUUGAUCCCAUGGGCAGACCUGGCGCAUCCUCGCAACCGCCUUCGAGACCGGACCUUGAACGGCCGGACCUUAAUCUACACGGACACUACCAACUUCCUCACGCCAUGUCAUACACAGCGCGCUCUACACCUGCUCCUCCUCCUCAGACAUAUGGUCGCCUCAACUUUGGUCCUGCGCGAGAGGAAUACCCUGGCUUUUUCCGUCCCGCAGUACAAAUGCCGAGCAGAGAAGAGAUGGAACAGCGCGGUGUGCACAAUGAAAUGAUGGGUCGACCCGAACACCGACACUCACCUGCGAUGAACGGCAUGGAUGACAGACAAAGACCCAACGCUGCGCAUUAUGCAAUGUAUGGUGUGCCGGGCUACGAAGCAAGAGAAGGAGAAGAGCAUCCGCUACAGCGAGCCUUCCUAGGCGUCGCAUCCGAGAUCAGACACAAGAACGGACGGUCAUCACCGCUACCGCAGGCUGUUCAAGGAGUGCAAUCACGACACAUCGGUCCCGGAGCAGAUCCUGGCGUCAAAAGUGAGUUUGGUCGAAUGUUUUCGGGUCUAGGCAGCGGUGUUGGUAGUAAUACUCCCACAGCCGGCAUCGCAACCCCUUCACGUGGAAGCCCUGCUAGACAGGCGGACGCCAACGAAGAUACGGAGAGCAGAAAAGCUCGCAGCAGAUUGAGGGAAGACAACCGAGAAGACAGUGACAGCGUGGAUGGUAGGAAUACUCCGACUGCUAGCCAGAGAGGCAGCAAGCGUCCGAAGAUAUCGCAUCAGCCACCGCACCACCACCACCAUCACACCCACCCACACCACCACCAUCAUCAUCAUCACGGCCUGCCUGAAGAGCAAAUGCCUCAGGGCCCUGCUCCCUUCCACCCUCUCCGUUUCCCAUCCAACGCCAGUACUCCACAGCAAUCUGCUGCUACUGCCGCACAUCACCAUCACCAUCAUCACCAUCACGCCGUUCAUGCCCAUCCACUUCAUCACCAUCACCACAACGCGAGACCCCCGCCUAUGCCUUCAGCUCGCAAACCUCAAACUAUCGUUUCCAACCAAGAUUUACUUGCGUCCAUCUCGACCUUGCCACGGAAACAUCUUGGAAGUCAAGUUUACUCUACUAAAUUCAGCGUACCUCCGAGGGAGUCCAACCCGCUCGACUCCAAAUAUCAUUUCAAGAGCUCGGUCAAGCCAAUACCUCGUUUCGAAGGCAAAGACAACUGUACGUUCACCGUCCGUGUACCACGCGCCUACCUCAACGGGCCAGAUACGACUGACGAGGAAAAUGGCACUGUUGCUGGCGGCUUGGAGGAAAUAUGCAAGACGCGAGCAGUUUGGGGUUCUGACGUUUAUUCUGACGAUUCUGACCCCGUUGCCGCCGCUGUUCACUCUGGCUGGAUCCGUGGCGACUUUGGCGAAUUCAACGAGGAUCUUCGUGAGCUGUUCGCCGAGCAAGCCAACGAUGCUUCGGAGACUCCAGAGCUGGGCAGGGUCGUCACUGAAAAGCCAAAGGCACCUCUGCGCACACUGCCACAGGCUGACUUGCAUAUUACGCUACUCUUGCUGCCUGCACUUACUCACUACAUGGCUUCAACACAAAAUUUCCUGCGCUCUCGCGAGUGGGGGUCUGAUCACGAUGGCGUUAGCUACAUGAUCCACGCUGUCGAGUUUGUGGAAGAAAGCACAUCGAACAGAUUCACCGAGCGCAGUGCAGCGGCCAGACAUCAACGUAUCAAAGAUGACUUGACACGCAGAAGUGAAGCAGCGGAGAGUCUGCUCGGCUUGUUGCAAGGCUCUAGAGGGAACAUGACACCAGCUAGUUCGAACGUCUCUGUUGGUGCUUGA